AUGGACGGCUUGACUAUGCAAUGGGAUCCGUGUGCUAGCGGGCAUGAGCAGAAUCCGGGGCAUGAGCAGAAUCCGGGGCAUGAGCAGAAUCCGGGAGCAUCCAGUAUAUUGGAGGCAGGGGAUUUGGAUUGGGCAUCGUUUAUGAUGAACGAAACGGAAGGAGGAGGAACUGCGACGACGGUAGAUCACCGCUACGGAGCAGACGAACUUUUCGUGGUCGACAAGUCGCCAAAGCGUCAAACUGGAGAGGAUCAGCGUGAUGUCGUGCAGGGUUUAACUGCCCGAGUUUUGAAUGACUGUCAAGUUGAAGAUGUGGUUUUUUUGGAAUUGUUGAAAGAAGCCGAGGCAAAUGAGCUUAUGAGACACGUAUUCCUUUGUUUUGAACGAGAGUCGGGGAAGCAAGAUGUCUCGUUCGACAUGUGCACUUGGCGCUCAUACAAUCUGGCGCUGUUUGUGCGUGACAGACACUCGUUCAGUAGUGGGUUGAAGGUGGCGGGUGCAAGAAGUGAGUUCGACAUACUGGUAGCUCUUGCGCAGCAGGCGCUAAGGAGGCGACAAAGGAGGAGGCCGGCUGGAAUAUCCGACACGUGGUUCCUAGCGUGUACUAUUGACGGACUGGGAAUAGCGGACUCCCUAAAAUGGUGGGCACCACAGGCCCUUCCUACGCUCGACGGCUGGAGUUCUUCUUCACCGCUUUUCAGAGACACCAUCCCGGACGAGUUGUCACGGCUGCCGCAAGACAUAGAGGCAAUCAAGCUAGUAAGCAUCGCAUCCAAACUUCAAUUCUGGCUACACCAAGCAGCCGAUGCUAUCACUGCUGGGAAACCGAUUGAAAACGACCCACGUCAGAGAAGAUCUUUGGUCUCCUCUUUUCGCACAGCCUUGGGUUUGAACAGAUUUGAUGAAGAGAUCCAGAAUUGGAUGAGUCACAUUCCGCCUCCCCCAGGGACUCAGUUCACGACCUCUCAGUAUGCCAUGUGGCUACUUACUUGGGCGCCCGUGGCGCCGUCCAGAUCAUCUCAGAGGUUGAAGAGGAAAUGGGCCUCCGGGUCACCGGAGCCAAACGUGGUGGUGGAGCCAAACGUGGUGGUGGAGCCAAACGUGGUGGUGGAGCCAAACGUGGUGGUGGACCUUCCUUCAAGCGUGUCUUCGACCGCGGCUGAGACAGACCACCAGUUUAGUUGGAACGCGGGGGCUGAUUCCGCCUUGAAAGCGUUCGUAACGACUAUCAUACAGGAAUCUGUCGAAAUAGACCAGAGGGCGGCGGCGCGUUACGGAAAGGAGUGGAUGGACCGGGAAGGGAUCAUGUCGGAAGAGGGGAAGCGAGAGGUAGCCGCGUUUGCGGCGGACAAGCUGGACAACUUACUGACACAAUUUCGGCCAAUGACCCCGGACUUCAGCCGUUGCGGUUGGCGAUGGCUGCAUCUGGCCGGCGUGAUCAAAGACCGGCUGGGCGGUUGUGUUGUCGACCACUUGGUGACCACAGCAGAACAAGUGGUCUCACGACCCGACGGUGUGUCCCCGCUUACGUACCUAGCAAAUGUACUGAGAUCCUCACGGGCCCGACGGUCACUGGAAAAGCACAUCGGACCAUGGCUGGUGGCCAGGGAGAGUGGCUGGACAUGUGGCCUCAACCUGCACACGGAUGUAUUCCCACAUGACUUUGGCCAGUUGCCCGAAUCCACAACAUCUAGACAGCUGUUGGCGCUCGUAUGCUGGGCCGCUCACUGGUUAAAGAGGGGAACCAUACAAUUGAAAAAGCUCGAUCCGCAGAGCAUCAAAAAGGCCCUCGCCCUCCAAGACGCUUGGUCCGUCUUUGGUCCCGUCGCCCGCUUCGUUCGUCAGACACUCGGGGACCGUACCUUCGGUCAACUCAUUGCUCUGUUUAGAACGCAAAUCCCCCCCGCCGCCGAGGUCUCCGACACUCAGCUAAUGGAUUGCCUACUCAAGCACUCCGGCCUCAGCCACGGACGAGCCAGCGACUUCUGCAAACAGUUUCAGCUCCCACCCGCUCCAGCCCAGAAACGACAUUUAUUACCGACGAGCGAAAUGGCGAGUUCUGUAGAGCCGCAUACGGAUGUUGUGGAUUUGUUAGGGGUGCUGGAGAUGCUGUUAUUUGCUGAAGAAUAA